AAUGGGGUUCACUCACUCCAGCUGAAUCCUUGGAGCAUUCCAGAGUGUUGCUGCAGUGAAGGACUUACCUUUAUUUUUUGCAUCAGAGGAGCUGCAUUGAUGUUAACCAUUUUUUUGUAAAAUGGAGAACGAGAUCUUCACACCCCUUCUGGAGCAGUUCAUGUCGAGCCCUCUUGUCACCUGGGUGAAGACGUUCGGACCGCUGGCUGGAGGAAAUGGGACCAACCUGGAGGAAUAUGUGGCGCUGGUGGAUGGAGUGUAUCUGAACGAAGUCAUGCUGCAAAUCAAUCCAAAGUCUGCUAAUCAGAGGAUAAACAAAAAAGUAAACAAUGAUGCAUCAUUAAGGAUUCAAAAUUUGUCUAUUUUGGUGAAACAAAUAAAAACUUACUAUCAGGAGACUUUGCAGCAGUUGAUCAUGAUGUCUUUGCCAAAUGUGCUAAUAAUUGGCAAAAAUCCUUUUUCUGAGCCAGGUACUGAAGAAGUAAAAAAGCUCCUCCUGCUUUUGCUUGGUUGUGCAGUUCAGUGUCAGAAAAAAGAAGAAUUUAUUGAAAGAAUCCAAAGUCUGGAUUUUGAUACCAGAGCAGCUGUUGCAGCCCAUAUUCAGGAGGUAACUCAUAAUCAGGAAAAUGUGUUUGACCUGCAGUGGAUGGAUGUCAUUGUGCUGACACAAGAGUAUGUUGAGCCUCUCCUGAAAAAUAUGGCAUUGCAUUUAAAAAGGCUUAUAGAUGAAAGAGAUGAGCACUCAGAGACCAUCAUCGAGCUGUCGGAGGAGCGGGACUGUCUCCGGUUCCUUCCGCACGCCUCGGCCGCGCAGUCCCCUUGCGGCUCCCCCGGCAUGAAGCGCACCGAGAGCCGGCAGCACCUCAGCGUGGAGCUCGCCGACGCCAAGGCCAAGAUCAGGAGGCUCAGGCAGGAGCUUGAGGAAAAGACUGAGCAGCUGCUUGACUGUAAACAAGAGCUGGAACAGAUGGAAGCUGAACUGAAGAGACUUCAGCAAGAGAACAUGAACCUGCUGUCGGACGCGCGCUCUGCCAGGGUGUACCGCGACGAGCUGGACGCGCUGCGGGAGAAGGCGAUCCGCGUGGACAAGCUGGAGAGCGAAGUCAGCCGCUACAAAGAGAGGCUCCAUGACAUUGAGUUCUACAAAGCCAGGGUGGAGGAGUUAAAGGAAGACAAUCAAGUGUUGCUAGAAACCAAGACGAUGUUGGAAGAUCAGUUAGAGGGGACCCGAGCUCGUUCAGAUAAACUGCACGAGUUGGAAAAGGAGAAUUUACAGCUGAAAGCUAAAUUGCAUGACAUGGAGAUGGAGCGUGACAUGGACAGAAAGAAGAUUGAGGAGCUCAUGGAGGAAAAUAUGACCCUAGAAAUGGCUCAGAAGCAAAGUAUGGAUGAGUCUUUGCAUCUUGGCUGGGAGCUGGAGCAGAUAAACAGGACUACUGAACUUUCUGAAGUGCCACAGAAAUCACUGGGCCAUGAGGUGAAUGAGCUGACAUCCAGCAGGUUACUGAAGCUGGAAAUGGAAAACCAAAGUUUGCUGAAGACUGUGGAAGAGCUGCAAAGUGCAGUGGGCUCUGUGGAAGGCAGCAGUUCAAGGAUUCUGAAAAUGGAAAAAGAAAACCAAAGACUUAGCAAGAAGCUUGAAGAGCUGGAGAAUGAAAUUAGCCAAGAGAAACAAAGUCUUCAGAACAGUCAAAAUCAGAGUAAAGAUUUGAUGAAAGAAAAAGCCCAGCUUGAAAAGACACUUGAAGCACUUCGAGAGAACUCCGAGCGACAAAUUAAACUCUUAGAACAAGAAAAUGAGCACUUGAAUCAAACUGUGGCUUCUCUAAGGCAGCGCUCACAAAUCAGUGCUGAGGCAAGAAUGAAAGAAAUUGAGAAGGAAAAUAAAAUCCUCCACGAGUCUAUCAAAGAGACCAGCAGUAAGUUAAAUAAAAUUGAAUUUGAAAAAAAACAAGUCAGGAAAGAACUGGAGCACUACAAAGAGAAAGGGGAGAGGGCAGAGGAAUUAGAGAACGAGCUGCAUCGUCUGGAGAAGGAAAAUGAGUUAUUACAGAAGAAAAUCACCAACCUAAAAAUCACUUGUGAGAAGAUCGAGGCCUUAGAACAAGAGAACUCUGACCUGGAGACAGAGAACAGAAAGCUGAAAAAAACCUUGGAUAGCCUGAAAAACCUCACUUUUCAAUUGGAGUCCUUAGAAAAGGAGAAUUCCCAACUCGACGAAGAAAAUUUAGAGUUACGGAGGACAAUUGAAUCCUUGAAGUGUACAAGCAUGAAAGUGGCACAGUUACAGUUAGAAAAUAAAGAGCUGGAGAGUGAAAAGGAGCAGCUCAAAAAAAGCCUUGAACUGAUGAAAGCCUCUUUUAAGAAGACUGAACGCUUGGAAGUCAGUUACCAAGGCUUGGACACAGAAAACCAAAGGCUACAGAAAGCCCUGGAAAACAGCAAUAAGAAGAUUCAGCAAUUAGAGAGCGAAUUACAAGAUUUAGAGACUGAAAAUCAAACCCUGCAAAAAAACUUGGAAGAGUUAAAAAUCUCCAGUAAGCGCCUGGAGCAGUUGGAAAAGGAGAAUAAGUUGUUAGAACAAGAGACUUCUCAACUGGAAAAGGAUAAGAAACAGCUGGAAAAGGAAAAUAAAAGGCUUCGACAGCAAGCAGAAAUUAAAGAUAGUACCUUAGAAGAAAAUAAUGUCAAAAUCAGUAAUCUGGAAAGGGAAAAUAAGUCUCUAUUUAAAGAAAUAGUUGUGUAUAAAGAGUCCUGUGUGCGCCUGAAAGAACUGGAAAAGGAAAACAAGGAACUGGUGAAAAGAGCUACCAUUGAUAAGAAAACCCUGGUCACUUUGAGAGAGGACUUGGUGAAUGAGAAGUUGAAGACUCAACAGAUGAACAAUGAUCUGGAAAAACUGGCCCACGAGCUGGAGAAAAUUGGCUUGAACAAGGAGCGUCUCCUGCACGAUGAGCAGAGCAGUGAUGACAGUAGGUACAAGCUUUUGGAGUCCAAGUUAGAAUCCACGCUCAAGAAGUCUCUGGAAAUAAAAGAAGAAAAAAUUGCUGCUUUGGAGGCUCGUUUGGAAGAAUCAACAAAUCUAAACCAGCAGCUGCGUCAGGAGCUGAAAACAGUGAAGAAGAACUAUGAAGCUCUCAAGCAGAGACAAGAAGAGGAAAGGAUGGUUCAGAAUUCUCCUCCAAGAAGUGGAGAAGGAAAUCAGUCUGUCAAUAAGUGGGAGAAAGAAAAUCAGGAGACUACUAGAGAAUUACUGAAAGUUAAAGAUAGAUUAAUCGAGGUGGAGAGGAAUAAUGCGACGCUGCAGGCGGAGAAGCAGGCACUGAAAACGCAGCUCAAGCAGCUCGAGACGCAGAACAACAACCUGCAGGCCCAGAUCCUGACCCUGCAGAGACAGACUGUGUCCCUGCAGGAGCAAAACACAACUCUGCAAACUCAGAAUGCCAAGCUGCAGGUUGAGAAUUCCACUCUGAACUCCCAGAGCACGUCCCUGAUGAACCAGAAUGCGCAGCUGCUGAUCCAGCAGUCGGCCCUGGAGAACGAGAACGAGGCGGUGCUGAAGGAGCGCGAGGACCUGAAGGGGCUCUACGAGGCCCUGCUCAAGGACCACGAGCGCCUGGAGCAGCUGCACGAGCGCCAGGCCGCCGAGUACGAGUCCCUGAUCGUCAAGCACGGCAGCCUCAAGUCUGCCCACAAGAACCUGGAGGUGGAGCACAAGGACCUGGAGGAUAGGUACAAUCAAUUGCUGAAACAGAAAGUGCAGCUGGAAGAACUAGAGAAGGUUCUCAAGACAGAGCAGGACAAAAUGCUGCAGCAAAGUGAGAAGCAUGAAACUGUGGCAGCAGAAUAUAAAAAGCUUCGGGAUGAAAAUGAAAGGCUCACUCACACAUACACUCAGCUCCUGAGGGAGAAUGAAGUGCUACAGACUGACCACAAGAAUCUGAAAACAUUGUUAAACAAUUCCAAACUGGAGCAAACUCGGUUGGAAGCUGAGUUUUCCAAACUCAAAGAACAGUACCAGCAACUGGAUAUUACAUCAACAAAGCUGAAUAAUCAGUGUGAGCUGCUCAGCCAACUUAAAGGAAACCUGGAGGAGGAAAACAGACACCUGCUGGAUCAAAUCCAGACCUUAAUGCUGCAGAACAGAACAUUACUGGAGCAGAACAUGGAAAGCAAGGAUCUCUUCCAUGUAGAGCAAAGGCAGUACAUUGACAAACUGAACGAAUUGAGGCGGCAGAAGGAGAAACUGGAGGAGAAGAUAAUGGAUCAGUAUAAGUUUUAUGAGCCAUCCCCACCAAGAAGAAGGGGCAACUGGAUCACCCUGAAGAUGAGGAAGCUGAUCAAGUCCAAGAAGGACGGGAACCGUGAGCGCCUCAAGUCGGUGACGUUGACGCCCACGCGCUCUGAGUCCAGCGAGGGAUUCCUGCAGCUGCCCCACCAGGACAGCCAGGACAGCUCCUCUGUGGGCUCCAACUCCCUGGAGGAUGGGCAGACCCUGGGCACCAAAAAGAGUAGUAUGGGUGCACUGAAAAGACUGCCCUUUUUGAGGAACAGACCGAAGGAAAAAGACAAAAUGAAGGCCUUCUACCGUCGCUCCAUGUCCAUGAAUGACCUGGUGCAGUCCAUGGUCCUGGCAGGAGGACAAUGGACAGGUAGUUCUGAGCAUCUGGAGGGUCCUGAUGAUAUAUCCACGGGUAAAAGGAGGAAGGAAUUGGGAGCUAUGGCCUUCUCUACUACAGCUAUCAACUUUGCCACUGUCAACUCCUCCACAGGCUUCAGAUCCAAGCAGUUGCUAAAUAAUAAAGAUACUACAUCCUUUGAAGAUGUAAGUCCACAAGGUAUUAGUGAUGAUUCUAGUACAGGAUCAAGAGUUCAUGCUUCCAGACCAGCCAGCCUUGAUAGUGGCAGGACAUCCACUAGCAAUAGCAAUAACAAUGCUUCACUCCAUGAAGUCAAAGCAGGUGCAGUGAACAGCCAGAGCAGGCCCCAGAGCCACAGCAGUGGGGAGUUCAGCCUGCUCCACGAGCACGAGGCCUGGUCCAGCAGCAGCAGCAGCCCCAUCCAGUACCUGAAGGGCCACACCAGGUCCAGCCCCGUGCUCCAGCACAGGACGCCCGAGGCGCCCGAGAGUCGCGGCAAAGCCACCAAAACGGGCUCCCCUGGCAGUGAGGUGGUCACCCUGCAGCAGUUCCUGGAAGAAAGCAACAAGAGGAACUCCAGUGAGAUGAAGUCUGCAAGUGAAGAGAACCUUUUAGAUGAAGUGAUGAGGAGCUUGUCUGAGUCUGCGGAGCUGGCAGGGAGGGAAAAGCUGCGAAAGCAGCCGGCAGCUGGCUGUGGGAUCGUGAGAUCUCUGAGUGUCAGAAACACAGGGGAUUUCUCAGAUGGACGAUCCCUCAAACCGGAGCAGCUGGUGAGGCCCAGCCUCCGGAAGGCUGAAGAUGUCUACUUCAGCAGCUCUCCAAUCAAAUUCACCCCCGGCGCCCAGGGGAAGGCCCGGUCCGUGAAAGAAAAGAUCCAAGCGACUGUGACCCAGCGACAAUCCAGGGACUGCAACCCCUAUGCCACCUUACCUCGUGCCAGCAGCGUGAUUUCCACGGCAGAAGGAACCACCCGAAGGACGAGCAUCCAUGAUUUUUUGUCUAAGGACAGUAGGCCGCCCGUGCCCGUGGAUGCAGCCCCGGCUGACAGGAGCGCUCCGCCCAGCUCCAAUGUGGAAGCUAUCCCAGAAAGCAGAAAUUCAAAAAGCAGGUCUAGGGAGCAACAAAGCUCCUAAUUCUAUUACCCACUACCUGAGCUGUGGGCCAAGUGAGAGAAAAGUGUCCUUCAGUAUCUCAGUGUGAAGCCUUUAUAUCUGAAGUAACAAGACAGCGACUGUAGGAAUCAUUAAUAAAAAUUAAGGGAAUUUUUUACAUUCUUCGUGACUAGAGCAGGCAAGAAAUAAAAACCUACCUACCUACCUUCCUUCCUUGAAUCAAGGAGCUCUACUGGAGUCUACUGCCGAAAAUGUGUAGAUGGUCUUAGGAAUUAUUGCACAUUGCACUGUUAAGAUCUACUGAAUAAAGGACAGUUCUCAUCUCCCUAAGAACCAAGGAUUUUAAGGUCUCAAGAAUUACUCCAGGGGAAAAACAAAACAAAACAAAACUUCUUUCAUCUUCUGUUUUUGAAAUUAGCCACUGAUUUGCUUAAGCUUCUGCUAAUAAUUAGCCAAAAAACCCCCAAAACUAGCAGUUUCUAUUUACGUCUGUAAAUCUAAAGGAAACGCUGUAGAAUUUUGUUGAAAUGGACUGUAUAUACAGAUACAAAAACCUCACAGCUACUGGCACUUCACUGCCUUAUUUGGUUAGCAUAAUCUGCAUGAAAUUGCUCUUAAGAAAGUUUAUGCUGAUUUUUGUUGCAUACUGCAAGAGAAAAAUUUGUUUACAUCCGUGGAAAAGCUUGGUAACUAACAGAAGUGGGAGUCAUGGGAUAAUGGUAUUAUAGAGACAUUGUUUGUCCUUUGUGUUUUUCACAUUCCCGAGUUACUCUGCAUAUAUAUGUUCAGAUGUUUCUGACAGGAAAUUGUCGGGUAUGGUUUUUCUAUAACUUUUAUUUUAAUAUAAGGCUGUUUUCCACAAAUGCCAUUUCCAGGAAAGACUGUCUUAUGAUGUUUGUGUAUUGACUAAUUUUUUUUUUUUUUUUUUUUUUACUGUUUGUCUUUUGACAUGAGCUGAUUGUGGCUUAGGAGGUUUCUUGAUGGCAAAAAGAAAUGUAAAUAAUAUCACAUGCAUUUUACAAUCAGUUCCCUCUAAAGUUAUCUUUUACUAGAUACAUUUUGUUCAUUAUUGAUUUAUAUUAAAGUCAACAAACAUUAUUGGUACAUUUGGUGGUCGCAUAUAUUUGUCUGGAAAGAUUUGCAGCGAGCUCAGAGAAAGUUGAUGGGAACUGAGACCCAAAACGAGUUGUUCUAUUUUAUUAAAGCCAGUAAGCACAUUCCUGUUCCUCAUGUAAAGGGCUGAGUUCCCUGUGUCACCUCCGAGUGUCCAGCAGGCAUAAUGUCACCUGCAGCUUCCUCAGAAGGUGAGCUCCACUGCUGAAGGCAGUUCAACAGAUUCAAAAGCUUGAAAUCUUCUCAAAAAGGGGAAAAAAGAGGCAUGGGCAAUAAGCUUUAGAAGGGGAGAUUUUCUGUUUGUUUUCUUGAAAAUUAGUUUCUUCUGAAAUUUUCUUUGUGGUAAAAUGGGCUAAAAGAUCUUUGGGCAUAACGGGUAUGACAGAAAAUUCAAAGGCCAUAAAGAUCAGGAAAAUCUCUUCAUUCUGAAUGACAGUGGGCUCAUUUCAGGGCCUGGGUUCUCCUCACUCUCUGCUGACAGAGGACUGGUACAGCUCAAACCCCCCCAGCCCAGAACCAUUUGUCAAGUUACUGUUACAGACCCAGGAGAGUGAAACUGCAGUGCCAAAUGCUGCCAGGAUCCCAGCUGAGUGGCUGUGUCUGGGGACUCUCACUGUCACUGCCAUGACUCUGGCACACACUCCUGUGUGUGGAGCACUGCUGGGCACAGGGAAGUGCCCUCAGCACAGCUGGAUGUGUCCUUUCCAUCACGCAGGGAUCCCCUCCCACUCCACUGACCAGCUCAGCUCUCUCAGCUGCCUGCUUUGCUUUGCAGAGAAGUUCCCUGGCACUCGAGCAGUCAGGUGGCUCUCUGUGCUCUGCCAAUUCCCCUUUCCUUCUUUCUUUCUUAACCUUCCCAGUCUGUGCCCUUAAAGGGAAAUAAAAAACCAAAUUUAACCUGGGAGCAGCUUCUCAGUUCCUGCUGCUCCCAAUGCCAGGGAUGCACAUGGCAGCUUUGUACCCCAGGGAUCCCAACCCCAGCACUGCCAGUUCCAGGUUACAGAGGAGGUUCUCAUGCCAUACAAUGUGUAUGUUCUAUUUACUUUUCUGAUAGUCUCUGAAGAUUUAGUAACAUUCCCAGCACCUAUUAUUAUUAUCAUAAUUUCUAAAUUUUGUCCAGGACAUGAUGCAGCCUAACAAAGGGAGCUCAUGUGUGAUUUUUUUAGGGGUAGCUGAUGAUGUAUUUGUAAAUAAUGCUUUGAUAUUAAUAAAACUGCCUUAAAGGAAUGUACCAAGGUGUGAACCAGAACUUAAAAAGCUCUUAUUUAAAACUGUAAUUUCCUUUACAUAUUGAUUUUUUUAAUGUUUGCCAUUGUAUACAUUUAUUAAUGAUGUUAUUAAAAUGCCAAACCAAAUAA